UGUGGUGUCCUGGGGCAGAAUGUGUUGAGUACCACCAGCACCGUACCUCCGGAAGCGAUCGUCAAUCUCGACGAUGACGACUUUCAGCUAUUUCUCGCGGGCCGUGAACCGAAGGCUUUUUCGGGAUCGACGACAAGUUCCAACUCGUCUGUAACAACUAGCACGACUGCUCGGACGACGACUCCUCCGAUGACUCCUCGGACAACUACUCCACCGACGACUACCACAUCUCCGCGUCCACCAAGGCCGAAUUCGACCACCUCGACUACGACUACCACCAGAACUCCUAUGAUGGGAGGGAACUCAUGGCUUGAAGAAGGCACAACAACCGCAGAUAGUACAAACACGCUCGAUCGGCAAUUCCAACAAGCGAACGAAGACUUUGCCCAGUUACUGCAGCUGGAACAGGAUUUGCCGAGUGAGACCAGCACCAUACUAUCGACACCACCGCGUCCACAGAGGCCCAUGUCGACACCGUCUACUACCAGUGUUCCCAAAAUGCCUGUGAUUGGAGGCAGCUCGUGGCUUGAAGAAGGCACACCAACUGCGCCUAACAGUGACGUGCUCGGACAGCAGUUCCAACCAGCGAGCCACGACUUUACCAAGUGGGUGAUGCAACAGAUGAACAAACAGGAAGUAGCGUUUGUUCCCCAGCAUGUCCCAAUGUGUAGUGAACGCGUGCAGGAGGGUGUCGCAUGGAGCAGCACAGCCAGUCCAACAACCGUGGCUCCUUUUGCAGCCUUCAGCAGUGGCCAACCGGGUGGACAUCAGGAAAUUAUCCACAGCCAGUUACAAACUUCCCAACAGUUGACGGAUGGACUACUGACCCUGUGGACUCCGAGCGGGUCCUACAUUCCGACGGACGGUCAGCGUUACACUCCACCAGCCGUCUCUCACCAAACUGUUACCUACGGAAAUGAUGGUGUUUCUCACAAUAAUCAUUACCAAAUCCAACACCACCAGGAUCUGCAGCAGCAGCAACAACAGUUGGCUUUUCCAGGCUUCUCGCACUCUACUCCUACCUAUUUCAGUCACCAGAACCCUGCAUCGCAGCCUGGACCACAAUCGACAACCUCAUCUGAUUGGGCUCCCAUCGCGAUAGAUGACGUGCCAGCGUCAGAUGGUGUCUUCUAUUCGGACGGUAACUACUACUACACCCAGCCGGAGGCACCGCCGCCACCUCAGUUCCCACCGUACGAACUCCAGCAUUUCGAGGAACCAUUUUCGAUUAAUUACUAA